AAAUUGGCUGCUCGAGGGCAGCUGCUGCAGCUGCGAGCGCCCGAGCAUCCUCCAGGCAGCGGAGCAGCUUCCUCAGCCCUGCUGGGGAGCGCUCCUCUUCCCGCACCAGCGCUGCCAGGUACCGCCGCUGUUAUUGACAGAGACGUGCACGCACAUGCACACCCACAAGCAGCUUAUUCUCGUGUCAAUUUACUCCCCUGUAAGUGCUGCCUAGCUACCGGCACGGCGGAGACAUCUCCUUCCUCCCUCCCUGCCAGCCGGCUGCCUGCCAGCGCCCGGGCAGGCUCCAGUCCCCCAGACCCACGGGAGCUGAGCAGGAGCACGGGGGAGCAGGAGUUGCUUUGUUUCUGCUGACUUGGCAUUCCCUGCUUCCACUCUGGAGGAGAUGGGCCGCAAGGAAGAGGACGACAGCAGUUCCUGGAAGAAACAGACGAGCAAUAUCCGAAAAACUUUCAUUUUCAUGGAGGCCCUGGGAUCAGGUGCCUUUUCAGAAGUUUUCCUAGUGAAACAAAGAAGCACUGGCAAGCUCUUUGCUCUGAAAUGCAUCAAGAAGUCUCCUCUCACAAGGGACAGCAGCUUGGAGAAUGAAAUAGCAGUGUUGAAAAAAAUAAAGCAUGAGAACAUCGUGACUUUGGAAGAUAUCUACGAGAGCACAACCCACUUCUACCUGGUCAUGCAGCUGGUGUCUGGCGGAGAGUUGUUUGACCGGAUCUUGGAGCGAGGGGUUUACACCGAGAAAGACGCGAGCAUCGUGAUCCACCAGGUGCUGACAGCAGUGAAGUACCUCCAUGAAAAUGGAAUAGUUCACCGCGACUUAAAGCCUGAAAACCUUCUUUACCUUACUCCUGAAGAGAACUCCAAAAUCAUGAUCACAGACUUCGGCUUGUCUAAAAUGGAGCAGAAUGGCAUCAUGUCCACUGCCUGCGGGACUCCGGGAUAUGUUGCCCCUGAAGUCCUCGCCCAGAAACCAUACAGCAAAGCCGUGGACUGCUGGUCCAUUGGAGUCAUCACCUACAUCCUGCUCUGUGGGUACCCUCCUUUCUACGAAGAGACCGAAUCCAAACUGUUUGAAAAGAUUAAGGAAGGCUACUACGAGUUUGAGUCUCCGUUCUGGGAUGACAUCUCCCAAACAGCCAAAGAUUUCAUCAGGCACCUGCUGGAGAAGGACCCGAACAAGAGGUUUACCUGCGAAGAAGCCCUGCGGCACCCAUGGAUUAAUGGAAAUACAGCCCUUCACCGUGACAUAUACCCAUCUGUCAGCGCUCAGAUUCAGAAAAACUUUGCAAAGAGCAAAUGGAGGCAAGCCUUCAACGCUGCAGUCGUGGUGCACCACAUGAAGAAGCUCCACAUGAACGGCCACGCCGCGGCUGGAAGCACCCUCCCCGUUAUACAAGUUUCAGAAGCAUCCAGACCCAGCACGCCCAGCACCACCCAGCCUCCAACACCAAACAAUGACAAGGACACAUCGCUCCCUCUGGUCCCUGCACGAGCCUGUCCCAACCCUCCUGCUCUGCUGGAGCAAGACACAGGAACAAGAGAGGGAAAACUGCAAAACCCCCCAGUGAACGGAUCGCUGCCUGCGGGCAGCAGCUCAGUCUCACCAGACAACCAGAGCCCACCAGCCAGAACUUGUGGCUGCAGCCCAGCCUGCAUGGGGCACGAGAAAGCAAAGGCGUCCUUCUGCUCUGAGACGGUGCUCCUUAAAAGACCUGGAAAAUCCCAUCAUUUCAAAUCAGAAGUUCUUGUUCCAAUGAAAAACAGUAAGCACUCCUCUCACUGUGGGACUGGGCAGACUGGAGUUUGUUUGAUUAUGUGAUGAGGACGGCAGCCACCAGGCUCCCCCAUCGCCAGCGAAACAGAAGGGCUGUUUUACUCUUUUCUGCACUUCAAAGCCAGACAUCAGCAGUGCAAGCAAGAAGAAAGGAGGCUGCGUCCCGCCAGCAGCGGACGGGCAGCAGCAUCUCGGAGAGCAGCGACCAACGGGUGACGAGCGGCACAUUAGUCCUGGGAAUCCAUCAGUGCAGUGACCUCGGCGUGUUUCUGGAUCGUUAAAGCUGGGACAAGGCACUUUAGCAAGGGAAAGUCUGAGGCUGCUGCUAGCAUAUUCAGUGUAUAUUAUCCAUACUACAUUGCUCGAUGCUGUAAAGCUUUUGUUUUCUGUAUACUGUUUAGUUGUCCAAUGCAUAAGUGCACUGCACAGCACAGCAUAAAUCCUAUAAACCAAA